CAUACAUACAUACAUACAUACAAAUUCCAUUUCUUUUUUUUUUGCUUUUUUGUCUUGUUUGUCCAAUUCAGAUAUCUGAGUAAAGUGUAAAAUAUAUAAAAAUAAAUGAUUUAAUACAAAUGACGAUACAUCUAUUCAACAAAUAUCUUAAUUUAUUUUUAUGUUUACACUAAUGCUUGUAUUAAUAAAUAGUGAUAAUGACAAGAAUGAGAUAUGGAUGAUCAAUUAUUGUUUUGUAUAGUGCAGAAUAUUAUAAGUGAAAGGAUAUAUUCCACAAUUGAGAAGAUGUGCGAAACAAUUGAAAAAGCAUAUAAACUAAAUUCUGACAAUUUAGAACUCCUUAAGACAAAUCGAAAGCAAUUAGAAAGAGCAUAUUUUAAAGGAGCGAUGCCACAUUUAGAAAAUAUUAAGGAUAUUGUAAAUAAAUAUGUUGUUGUUCCAAGCAAUGUUUUGCUUGAAGAGGAUAAACAUCAAAGAAUACAAUACAGUGACGCAGACUUUGAAAGUCUCAAUCGAAGGUUAGAAGAUUUACAAGAAAGAGCAAAAAAAGCUACUAUUUUGAAUGCAAUACUGAAAGAAGAGCUGCAGAUUUUAGAAAAAUUUCCAAUUUCUGAAGGAGAUGUAAAUAAAAUGUGUGAUAUAAUAGAAAAGAUGAAAUGCCCUGAUAUAGGUGAAAAAAUGUAUCAGUCAGUAGAAGACUAUAAACAAUUUUCCACAAGUUUGUUUGAUAUUAGAAAAAUUACAACAAAAAUGAAGUACAACACAGUGGAUAAUCUGAAAUGCAAAAAGUGUACGAAGAUGGAAUAUAUUGCACAAUCCACAGUUAGGUCUCUUUCACAUAAGCCGCAUACACGCAUGACGAGACAAGAGUCUUUUUUGUGUUUUGUGGGUUCUUACAUGCUCGUGUAUAAACUGGCAUUCCCGGUUUAACGUAACUUGUUUCUUUCUGCCUGGUAGUCGUGUAUUCCCAUAUGGAAAAGACAGAGUACACUAAAGCAUAGCGCUUCCCCUUAAAAACACUCCGGUAGUGGGGCACGUUAGAGCAGGGGAUUUUCGCUUCUACGCUAACAAAGAUUUACCAGCGUCAUUCCAACACGUUCUGUUGAGUAUAGUGGAAGAGAAUAAUGUGUGCUAUUAUAAUUUUUCAUUUCUCUAAAUAAUUGUCAAAGGCGUGAAAUAUUUUCUGACGUAACCAAAUAUUGCUAUAGCUUAGAAUUUUCAUUUUACAAUAAUAAUUUUUAUAACUAUUCUGUGUACACAAUUUGCAACAAUUAUAAAGAUGCAUGGCAGAAAAUAUGUUCAAAAGGAAAAUGUUUCUGACAAAAAUCAUGUAUGAUUUACUCAAACAAAAUUAUAUUGAUUAUUUCGGAACCGAAAUAAAAUAUUUUUGAAACGUAAAAAGAGAUUUCUAAAGUAUUUCUAACAUAAUUAAAAUAAAAUUUCAAGAAAGAAAUUCGAAGAUUUUAUUUCUCGUUUUUUAUGUACGCCAUAAUUAAUGACUGAAAAUUAGAGAAACUUAAAUAAAAGAGUUGAGGAUCAUUUUUUAAAAUAUAUCAAAGAUAUAUAUACAAAGUUAUAAACUAUAUUGUUAAUGUGCUAUUAUUUAGGAAUUUAAAAUUAAGCUAAAUGAGAAUUUAUAUAUAUAAUUUGUAAAUAUCAGUUAAUAAGAAUGUAAGACUUAUGAUAUUAAUUAUUACAUUAGUAAAUUAUAAGACAUGUUCACGUGUUCACAACUAAUUUUGAUCCAGGUAUUGAAUGUAAUUGUGAGAAAAUAAACAUUAUUUAAUCAAGUACUUCGAUGUGCUGAAAGAAAUUUGUAAAUUUUUAUACAUGCA